GUCCUUAAAGGCACAUAUUUACUGAGCAGUAUUAGACUCGACGUAAUCACGCAAUCUCACCUAAUCACUGGGACAAAACAAUUCAGUUCUACUUGUCAUUGUUUCGUGAUUGAACCUAUCUUGAUCUGGGGAGCGGCUCGUUCAACAUGAACACUUGUUCAACUUACUUCGGUCCAGUACGUCGUUGGAGGCAGAAAAUAUCGAACGCAAAUUUAUCACGUCUACUUCAAUAUUUGCUUUUGACGGGGUUUGGGCUUUUAAUCGGACAAUCCUGUUGGCAAUAUUUAAAAAUCAAGGCAACUACAGGAACGCGGUCUUUGAACCGACCGUCGCUGAUGAACUACACUCACGAACGCUACGAACUGAUGGGAAAAUAUGACCAGGAAAGUCUUUCCCAAAUCGACCCACCAUUCAAGCGAAUUCUGUUCUGGAACGAGGCUUACGGAAGCAAAGAUUACAAUGUCGGAAUUGGUCGCCAUGCCUUGCGGAAACGGGGGUGUCCCGUGUGGCAGUGCGAAACGUCGGACAACCGCAACGAUGUCCAGGACUACGACGCCGUUGUCUUUCACCUCCGCAGUUGGAGCCGGAACGACUUGCCGCAACAUCGGUCGCCCCAUCAGCGCUACGUUGCCUGGAUUAUGGAAUCUGCAGCGUGGCGUGAAUACAUGGUGGACAAUAGUCCCAUGGUUAAUUUCUUCAACUGGACGUUUUCAUACCGUUGGGACUCUGAUAUCGUCAGUCCUUACGGUUACGUCAAACCGGUUCAUGGACGCGUACCUCUUCAUCCUAAUGAGAAACAAAUGAAAGAGUAUUUAUCCAAUUCAAAAGUCGAUUACGCGAAUGGGAAAACGAAAAUGGCAGCUUGGUUUGUCUCCAACUGCCUGUCGAAAAGUAAAAGAAACGAGAUGGUUAACGAGCUGCAAAAGCACAUGCAAAUUGACGUUUACGGGAACUGUGGAACGAUGACCUGCCCGAGGAACAUAGAAGACGAAUGCCGAGAAAUGGCAGCCAAAAAUUACAAAUUUUACAUGGCCCUGGAAAAUUCCCUGUGUCAGGACUACGUCACUGAAAAGUUUUUCGCCAUGAUGAAAUACCCGAUCAUUCCCAUCGUUUACGGCGUUCACGACCACUACGAUAGGAUUGCACCGACGCAUUCCUUCAUCAACGCGGCCAAAUUUGAAUCUAUGAAACAGCUGGCCGACUACCUCAUUCUACUCGACAAGAACGACACGCUAUACAACGAAUAUUUCUGGUGGAAACCUCAUUUUAAAGUGUGUGACUUUAACGAUGACAUAAACAAAAGCAUGUGUCAUUUGUGCGCCUCUCUCCACAACACGACGUCACCGCCUAAAAUCUACGCAAACAUGACCGACUGGUGGGAAAACCAAUCCUACUGCCAAACACCCAAAUUCUGAAACAUUGUACAGCAAAACAAACUAAAAAAACUGUUUGGGGAGAAAAACCUCCACAAACGUUUGUUAUCUCUGUUUUAUCUGUCCAUACAUGUAUGAGCCCAAGCAGUGUGGUUUAUCUCAAUCAGUUUCAAAAUAUGCCAAACCACACAAGAAUAAACAA